AUGUCGAUAAACGCCGCUAGUUCUUCAAAUGUCACCAUUGGUCAGAAUGAAUGGGAUGCAACGGGUACCAUAGUCAACCGCUACUCUCUGAACGGAGUAGAGGGUGACUUAGAAGAUAUCCUGCCAGCGAUAAUCCCUGAUAUAUUUGAAAAUCAGGGCAUUAUUGCUAGGAAACACUUUUCAAAUGUCGCAGAGCAUGGUUUUCAGCCUCUGGAGGGCACAUAUGAUCAACUUGUAGAUGUACCAGACUCCAACUAUUCUGCCUUCGAAGAGGUUCACCAGAUUCCAUCACCCAUCAUCCCGCAAUCCCCAUACACAGCGGCACAGGAGACAGUGUUGCCCAAGUCAUAUCCGUCGCUGUAUUGGGAUAUGUGGAGAAAAGUAUGGGAUAGUCACGUCGAAUCGUGGAUUAACAGUUUGGAAGACCCCACGGCGGCGACAUGUGGAGCCGCAUCGGAUGCGUUGCCCAUUUCUAGGCCAACGGAAAGCAACAUCAUUACCUUUGACAGUACACACGAGCCCGCAUCCACCUCGCACGUUGCACCAGCAUGUACAUCCCGGGUAGACGUGCCUGUUGGCCCGUCAAGACAGGAAACGGGCCUUCCUCAUAGCAGAAACACCCCAUACAGGGACAUCCGGACCCAGCACAACACAGUGCCACACCACAGCAAUGAGCAUCUGGUAUUCAUGCAAGGUGCGUACAGUGUUUAUUGCAAUGCCACCUUGCUGAAUCCACCAUUUGGAGAGACAGAACAUCAAAAUACUUUAUCUGAGAACGAAGGACACGAAGAGCUAAACGGCUCUGGGUUCCCACCUGUUGAGCCAACAUCCACGAGGAGUGCCGGAUCACUAGAUGAUACUCAAAGAUCCGAGCCUCGAAACACACAAGGAAACGGACGCUCGAAACGGAAAGGAGCGCCCAGCCCGUACAACAGGGUUGCAAAUGAAGGAGAAAAACCGGCGGAACGCGUAGUCCGCAUAGACAAGUAUGGCAAUGAGGUGUAUCAAGGAAUGAGGCCCGACAAAGGCCCGCCGAAGAAAAAGAAAAUUUGUAGGCGGUAG